GGUGAGGGUGGAUGCCUCCUCCGUUGGAACUAUCCCUUGACAACAGCGCAACCAUUCUUACUCUCAAUAACGGCGAGGUUCCGCUUCGCAGUUUCCAGAAUCGCGCGCGAUCAAUCGAACAGUGGUGCGAAUCAGUCAACGAUCUCGAGUACGAGACGCCACGUCCUCUCUGCGGAAAGACGAGUCCUGACGGCGUGCUCGGACGUAAACGACAGGCUGCCACUCGUUCAGUUUCAGCAUGGAGUGCUCCGAAGCGAUAGAACGAGGCCGGAAUUUUCGCUUACUCGCAGAAGAGGAAUUAUCCAAGCUCUUAGAUUUUCUCACGGGAUACUUGCCUAAUUCAUUGAAGUUUCAACAAACCGUAUUAACUUAUAUACAAGACAGAGUCUGGGAAUUCCAUUUCUACGUGGCUAACAAUUGGCCCGAGGAUGCAAUCUGCUUACAUUUUCCCGGAAUGACAUUAUCUCCACACGGUUUGAUGUACGAGAGCGUCGGUGUCUUCUGUCCGAAUGAUCGACUAAACCUGCUUCGCCUUCUCCGAGAGGAAGACAUUCUGAUAGAUUGGUCGAGACCUUUGUACAUUAAUUUCGUUCACUCCGAUAUUGCUGAGGAAUUAACGCGUCUUUACGAAAGUACCGGCACCAUCGAGACAGUGGUAGGCGAUGUCUGCGCGUGCGAGUAUUUUGAGCAGGAAGAGGAGAGUCAACAAGUGGACAAAGAGUUCGACUCUGAUGUCCAGGUGCGGCCUCUUAAAGCCGAACAUGCCGAAGGAAUCCACGAAUUGUAUCCAGCUAAUGACAUGGAAUGUCCCGAGAUUUUUCUUCGACUUAUCAGGACUCUAUCUGCGGCGGGAGUGUUCGUGAAGGAUAGCUUGGCCGCUUGGAUGGUUCAAUCUUAUUAUGGAGCUAUGUUCUCCAUGCAGACCAAGCCGGAAUAUCGAAGAAAGGGUUAUGGGACAAAGUUAGCAAGGUACCUGACAAAACGCGUAGCCGAAAAAGGGUAUUAUCCGUUUGUAGUUAUACGUCCAGAAAAUGAAGCUAGUCAAAGCUUGUACAAGAAGCUGGGUUUUAGACGGCUUUAUCAACUCGUUCGAAUGAUCUUUAUGCCUUUUAUGUGGCAAGAGAGCGAGAAUGACGCAAAUAUUCUUAGGGAUAAUUUGGAAAACGCCGUGAAACAGCUCACAAUCGAACAGAGAGUAAUAACGGCGUUGCAUGGUCAGGAGGAGAGCGAAGAAACGAUACGAGAUCCCGCGGGAAUUACGGAAGACGAGUCAAUUGUCGACAAGUCCGAGAAGGGAGAAGAAGUCGAGGAACAACUUCUCGAAAUCAUUGAUGAACAGUCUGCAGAGAGGAUAUACAUUAUGAAGAAUAAUGCGGAUGAUACAACAAACAAUGAUGUGCCGGAAGUUGUGGAAGUUAACAGAUCUUGCGACUGCGAGACGGAUGCUGGAGGUGGCAACGAAUAAAUUUCUAGAAAACAUUCAUGCGAUAAACGACAGUCCAUAAAUUGGCGUUUUGUUUGCUCGAAGACACGCUCUUCGUCGUAGGACAUUGAUAAAUGGCAAAGUAUUUAAGAAAAUUAUAAACGGAAGUUUUUCAUAUACACAUAUGAGUGCCGAAAGUUCUUAGAAAUGCUAUGCAAGUCUUGCUGUAACUUUCCUAACAGUUGUUUGAAAUCUACUUAGUUCGAUAGAUAUGAACGUCCAUUUCCAGAUAAUGAUGAUGUACGUAGCAACUUUACGAAACACAACAUACAUACAGCGAUAUUAUGGGAUUUCAGUUAUAAUACAUAAUAACAACUAUAUGUACAUCGCUGUAUUGAUAGAAAAAUGACACAUUUCAACAUUUUCAGCAGAAUAUUUUUAAAAUUGCAACAACGUUUUAAGAUAAACCUUUCGCUUUACAGUCAGCCCCAAAUGAUCUCUGAAUGAACUUGACUUUAACUUGACCCUCAAAAAGGUCGAGGCCAUUGAUCUUUGCUCGUUAUUGAUUAAAAAGUUACUAAUAAAAACAAUUUUUAUAAAUUA